AUGCGCUCGAUCAAUCUUCUCGCUUUCUAUCUCUUUGCCGGCCGUUACGCUGCUUCUAUUCUGCCUCAAGAAUACCAGAUUGACCUGUGGAUCCAUGGCUUUUGCGACCCCACACAAGAGUCUCUACAGCUUAGCGUCUUCUGUCCCCAAUGUGCCCUACGCUUCACGGCCGUUCCUCCCAUGUCAGAAUCAGCGACUUGGACCAUACAGACCCAAACCGGCUUCAGAGGCUCGACAGAGGUGAGAGACAUCACAGACGAGGGUCUAACCCUUAUCGCGCGCUUCACGAUCGACGUCCUACCGAACGGGCCCUCCCAGGUCAAUUGGGCGGCAUGUUGCUCUGGCGAAGUUGCUCUCACUUAUCGGGUCGACCUGACAGACCAGACAGCUACACUCGUAGGCGAUGGUCAGCUGUUCAUGUACUGUGCCUCGCACACCAAAUCGCACGCCAAGCCUGCAUGUGAUCUCGACGCACUGGGCAACGCCAAGCAGAUCACGCUCUGCUCCGACAACCGUUCGGUCAAGGUCAUCGUUCCCCGGAGAACGUACGCAUUCGCAGACCGGUUCGAUGUCAAAGUUUCACUCGUCGCAUCGUGUGACUUACCGAUCCACCAGCGAUGGGAGAUUGGACCGACCGUUGACCUGUUCGCACCUCUCGAUGCGCCGCUCCAUUUCGCGAUCAUCAACAUACCGAGCUCGGCCUCUACAAGCGCGCAUGACGAAAAGCUGGACUGGAUUCCUACACUUGGUCGCGCACCGCAACGGGUCGAGAUGAAGGUCUUACAUUCACUCGAUCCCGAUGCUCUUCGUGUCGAAGUCAUGGUGGAGAUUCCAUACAGACCGGAUAUGGACAUGCUGCAGAUGUGGCAACAGUGCUGCGUCGCCAGCCUGAACAUGGUCCUUUCGAUGGACGUGAUGACGAAGCUCUUGAUAUUCGAAGAAACUGACACCUACUUGCGCUGUCUUCGUCCAGAGGAAGCUCGACUGCGAGGCUGCUCCCUGGCUCAGAUCGGCUACCCGCCCCCGAUGACAACAUGCCGUGGCACCUACAGGACUGAUGAUGCGUACAGAAUGGUCUCUAUUGAUGUCUGA